AUGAGAUCUUUUAACUAUGCAAGAACGCUGAAACAAAUGCAAAUGGAAGUGAAAUCAUCCAAGGAAUGUCUGGAAAACUUGACGACCGUAGAGAAGGCUGAAGUCAACACUGAGCUUAUGUUUUGCGCCGGUGGAGAAGAAAAAGUCGGUGAUGAAAUCCAAUACAUUCACGCAUGCGCAGGAGAUAGUGGUGGUCCUUUUGUUGUUCGUCAUCCCCUGAAUGAAAACAAAUUCCUUCAGAUCGGGAUAGUUUCAUUUGGGUUCACAUGCAAGGAAGAGGGCAUAUAUGGAUUCUACACGAAGCUCACAGAAGAACUUCUAGACUGGAUACAUUACACGAUAGACAACGAAGAUAAUCAAGGUUAACAAAUACAUUGAAACACACAGUUUAUGAUCUCUGAUAAAUGGGUUUUAAAGUAUUCAUUGUGCAGAGUAAAAGAAUGUUUAUGACUGCAGAAAAGUUCCGAGACGGCUUGUGUUUUAAUAAAUCUACAAAAUUUGAUGUAGAGAAGCUAAAUCAUUGACACUUCAAAUAAAGUGAAUAUGUGAGUGUCUUAAACUUAUUCAUGCCGUUUAUUAUAUUUUAUGUGUUUUAUUUUGCCAGAUAUGUUUGUAAAUACAUGUACAUGUAAAUGAAAA